AGUGCCAGAACAGAAUGGGAUUCGAUGUGAGUCCUUCUUUAAAGCUUCAGCAGCGUUCCUCAUUUCACUGGAGUUGUAGUGGCAGGCUCACCGGCGUACUACAGUUGCUUGCCAGCUCAACCAUGGCUUUAAUAAUGAGGGUACUUCAAUUGUCUCUACUCCUUGAUGUGGGGUGUCAAGUACAUGCUUACAGGAUCGGAUAUGCUGAGCCGGAGAUGCCUACGUAUGGGCUGCAGCAGCCUCCUAGCUACAAUUCCCAGCAGCAGUUGGAACAACCUCCUAGCUACAAGCCCCAGCCACAGCAACCUUCUAGCUACAAGCCACAGGAGCCUAGCUACGAUCACCCCCAGCAGCAGCAGCAUCCCAGCUACAAGCCCCAGCAGCAGCAGAAUCCUAGCUACAAGCCCCAGCAGCAGCAGCAGCAGCAUCCUAGCUACAAGCCCCAGCAGCGGCAGCAGCAGCAACAUCCUAGCGACAAGCCCCAGCAUCCUAGCGACAAGCCGCAGCAGCAACAUCCUAGCUACAAGCCCCAGCAUCCUAGCUACAAGCCCCAGCAGCAACAUCCUAGCGACAAGCCCCAGCAGCAUCCUAGCGACAAGCCCCAGCAGCAUCCUAGCGACAAGCCCCAGCAGCAGCAGCAGCAGCAUCCUAGCUAUAAGCCCCGGCAGCAGCAGCAGCAUCCUAGCUACAAGCCGCAGCAGCAGCAGCAGCAGCAGCAUCCUAGCUACAAGCCCCAGCAGCAGCAACAUCCUAGCUACAUGCCCCAGCAGCAGCAGCAGCAACAUCCUAGCUACAACCCCCUGCAGCCCCAGCAGCAGCAGCAGCAGCAUCCUAGUUACAAGCCGCAGCCGCAGCAGCAUCCUAGCUACAAGCCCCAGCAGCAGCAGCAUCCUAGCUACAAGCCCCAGCAGCAGCAGCAGCAACAUCCUAGCUACAAGCCCCAGCAGCAGCAACAUCCUAGCUACAAGCCCCAACAGCAGCAACAUCCUAGCUACAAGCCCCAGCAGCAGCAGCAGCAGCAACAUCCUAGCUACAAGCCCCAGCAGCAGCAGCAGCAACCUCCUAGCUACAAACCCCAGCAGCAGCAGCAGCAACAUCCUAGCUACAAGCCCCAGCAGCAGCAGCAGCAGCAACAUCCUAGCUAUAAGCCCCAGCAGCAGCAACAUCCUAGCUACAAGCCCCAGCAGCAGCAGCAUCCUAGCGAAAAGCCCCAGCAGCAGCAUCCUAGCUACAAGCCCCAGCAGCAGCAGCAACAGCAACAUCCUAGCUACAAGCCCCAGCAGCAGCAACAUCCUAGCUACAAGCCCCAGCAGCAACAACAUCCUAGCUACAAGCCCCAGCAGCAGCCUCCUAGCUACAAGCCCCAGCAGCCUUCUAGCUACAAGCCCCAGCAGCCUUCUAGCUACAAGCCACAGGAGCCUAGCUACGGCCAGCCACAGCCCCAGCAGCAGCGUCCUAGCGACAAGCCCCAGCAGCAGCGUCCUAGCGACAAGCCCCAGCAGCAGCGUCCUAGCGACAAGCCCCAGCAGCAGACUCCUGGCCAUAAGCCCCAGCAGCAGACUCCUAGCCAUAAGCCACAGGAGCCUAGUUACGACCAGCAACAGCAGCCCCAGGGGCAGCAGCAUCCUAGCUAUGAGGCCCAGGAUCAGCAGCAUCCUAGCUACGAGCCCCAGGAGCAGCAGCAUCCUAGCUACGAGCCCCAGGAGCAGCAGCAUCCUAGCUACGAGCCCCAGGAUCAGCAGCAUCCUAGCUACGAGCCCCAGGAUCAGCAACAUCCUAGCUACGAGCCCCAGCAGCAGCAGCAGCAGCAACAUCCUAGCUACAAGCCGCAGCAGCAGCAGCAUCCUAGCUACAAGCCGCAGCAGCAUCCUAGCUACAAGCCCCAGCAGCAGCAACAUCCUAGCUACAUGCCCCAGCAGCAGCAGCAGCAACAUCCUAGCUACAAGCCCCAGCAGCCCCAGCAGCAGCAGCAGCAUCCUAGUUACAAGCCACAGCAGCAGCAGCAUCCUAGCUACACGCCCCAGCAGCAGCAACAUCCUAGCUACACGCCCCAGCAGCAGCAGCAACAUCCUAGCUACAAGCCCCAGCAGCAACAUCCUAGCUACAAGCCCCAGCAGCAACAUCCUGGCUACAAGCCCCAGCAGCAACAUCCUAGCUACAAGCCCCAGCAGCAGCAGCAGGAACAUCCUAGCGACAAGCCCCAGCAGCAGCAGCAGCAGCAACAUCCUGGCUACAAGCCCCAGCAGCAACAUCCUAGCUACAAGCCCCAGCAGCAGCAGCAGGAACAUCCUAGCGACAAGCCCCAGCAGCAGCAGCAGCAGGAACAUCCUAGCGACAAGCCCCAGCAGCAGCAGCAGCAGGAACAUCCUAGCGACAAGCCCCAGCAGCAGCAGCCUAGCUACUAGCAGUAACACAAAAGUUGUACCUUAUGAAGAUUACAUUGUGUACGUUCGCUUCGUUGGAAAUGCCAUCAAAUCCUGCAAGAUAAGCGGUCAAAGAACUGUGCAAAUGUGUUCUUGCCAUUACAUGGUUUUACUGUCCAAAUUUGAUAUGUGUACAGCAAAUAAUAAAAAAAUACAUUUUAAGUGGA